AUGCACUUCACACUCGCUACCGUGCUCGCGCUGGCAUCUGCGCCCAUUGCCAUGGCCCAGAUGGGGUCUGGCACCCUCGGCCCGGUCCCUACGCCCGCGGUGCCCACGCCCGCUGUGCCCACGCCCGCUGUGCCCACGCCCACCUAUCCGACGACUCAGAUCCUGCCUGUCCCGGGCUGGAACUCGACGACCGACAGUUUCAACACGCUGGCCGCUCUGUACGCGAAAAGCGCCACUGAGCUGUCCGCGCAGGUGUUCAACAUUGCCCAGAAGAACAUCGCGCUCAGCGGUUCCGGCACCAUAGCGUACAGCUACGACAUCCAGGCGGACCUGGCCGCAGCUCUCGCCACCGUGAACAACCUCUUCUGGAGCACCGCGUACGAGGGCGAGGAGAGGGUGUGCGCGAUUGUGCGAUCGAUUAACGAGCAGAACGUUGGCACCGUGCGCGGCAACCUGCUUAUUGCCAUCACCGCCGAAGCCCAGGCCGUCAUCCGCAUCGCCAUCACGCUCGGCAACACCGUCGCCGCGGUGCAGAGCCAAAUCCGCGAGUUCACCAACGCCGAGAAGACCGUCCUUGCGACCCUGAUCCGCGCCAUUGCCACUGCCGCAGUAGCGAGCACCGGGCCCCUCGCGAAGCUCAACGCUGGGUUGACUGCAACCGGUAACACAGCGCUGAACGAGGCGAUCGACAGUCUGCAAGUGGCGGUCGCAGGACUGCAGGCGGCGGCGACGAUCAACUGGACGUUCGAGUAG